AUGGAGAAAUCGCCUGUUUCUGCAGUGAAGCGUCGCCGUCGACCUGCUAAAUCGUGCAACCCAUGUCGCCUUCGUAAAUUGAAGUGCGAUCUUGGUUUCCCUGUUUGCGGCACCUGCAAGCGUGCCCGAGCAUCCCUCAGCUGCGUGUAUACAUCCGACAGCAGAGCCAACCACGCCCGAGAAAGCACAGCGGCUAAGAGACCCCGGCUCGAAGAUGAAUCUGGACAGCCCACAGCAGGAGAUUCGGCGUCCAAAGCGGCCGAUAGCGGAUCCAAGCUCAGCAGCCACUCUCCCGCGCCAACUCUUGGUGUUGACACCACCGACAAACAGAGAAAUGAGGCGAUAGUGUCAUCUCAGAAACAUGGCAAUCAUAUCAGACUUCGCUUGAGAAAUGGGCGAGACAAAACUCGGAUAUUCGGCCCCAGUCAUUGGAUACAUAUGGCUGAGGUUCUGCCCUCCAUCCCGAGUAACUGGGAUACAAAAGAGGUUGAUAUCAACUUGGAUACGUACAACAUCAAUGGAAAUAUCACUGACCUAGUUGACAUGUUUAUGGAGAUAAGAAGCACCAGACGCAAAAUCAAAUCCAGGGCAGCUCACGCGGAAAGCGUUCAUCAUCGGUCCCUGGCAGAUCGCUUCCCAGAAAGCGGUGUUUGCUAUGAGCUCAUAUCCCACUACGCUGAUUAUAUCCAGCCAAUGUAUCGUGUUCUGCAUAUGCCAUCGUUUUCUCAAGACUACCAAGGUUUUAGAAACGAGCCGGAAUCCGCUUCCACGGCAUUCAUAAUGCAAUUGGCUCUCGUCCUCGCCAUUGGGUCAACAUUUUAUUCCAGCGACGACAGAUUUCACAUCCGAGAGCGGGCUCAAGUAUGGAUACUCUCCGUCCAGUCUUGGAUCAUGGGCCCUGGGUCCAAGUCUACCAAUACUCUUCCUGGUUUGCAGAUCUACAUCCUCCUGUUACUCUCAAAGCAAACCACGUGCAAUUCGGGUGGCUUGACUUGGGUCUCUACUGGAUCUUUGCUUACUAUGGCAUUAAGCAUGGGCCUUCAUCACGAACCUGCUCGCUUCGCCUCUCUUACUCCUUUCCAACGAGAGAUGAGAAAGCGGCUUUGGAUCGCCACACUAGAACUCUGUGUUCAGCAUCACGUCGACUCAUCAAUACCAAUUCCACUUUGUGAAUCGGAUACUGUGGUUCCUGAGAUUUUGAAUGUGGAUGACGAAUCAAUUCACACUGAUUCUGAGCACGAGCCAACACCAAAAGAGUCAUUCACAGAUGCUUCUAUUCAGAUCCAGCUUACUAGUUCCUUGGCCCUUCGAUUGAAGAUCGCACGCAUGCUCAAUGGAGUUGAGCAAAACUAUUCCUUUGGUCAGAUUUUGGAGUUAGGUGCACAACUGAGGAAUAGUUGUCGCCAACUAUCUGAUUUCUUUAGCCCGGGCUCGAGAGUCAUGCCCGGUGCAUCCGAGAAGAACGCAGCCCAUUUCCACCAUAAGUUUUUGAAUACACUCUUGCGGAGGUAUAUCAUACUACUACACCAGAGAUAUAUGAUAGAGUCACUCGAUGACCCGGCUUUCUAUAUAGCUCGCAAGAUCUGUGUGGAUGCGGCGCAGGCAAUUGUUGAAGAUCUCAACCCGGCUAACCACACAGUAGAACUUCUCCAACUUGCUGCUGCUGGACGUGGCACUUUCAAGGGACCAUUCUCCCUCCACGUAAUACUCGUUCUAAGUCUCGAACUUUUUAUGCUUUUUCGGGAUGACAACGGUGGGAAUGCAACUUCUUCUCGCGUGGACCAGUUAGACAUGAUGCAGGGAGAUGCCCGCGAUUCCACCCGAGGAUUAUUGCGCAAUUUGGCGGACGGGUCAAAAGAACUGAUGAGAGCCGGAAGCGUGAGCUCGAAGAAUUUCAACUUCAUCACGGCCGUUCUCGCUGAGACGGAAGCAAUGGAGCAGGGCCAGUGCACAAAGACGGCUGUUUUCAACGCCCUCCGUGGAAGUCUGAGGGAGACCCUCGAUAUCUUCCAAGAGCUACACGGCUCUCUAAGUAUGACUUGUCAGAGCUACGAAACUGUCACGGAGUUGGACACUGCGAGUUUGGACCUUGAAUCAUUUGACUUAUUGAAUUGGGACAUUUCAGACCUACUCUAUAUGCCUGAAUGUGAAAGCUAA